CUCUCUCUCUCUCUCUCUCUCUCUCUCUUGAUCCUAGUCGGUCAUUCAGGUUCAAACUAUAAUAGGAUCACCCAAACUCUUUCAUUCUCUAGUUAUGGCCUAUAACCAACCCAUUUAUACCUGUGCUAUUCUCCUUGCACUAAUUGCAUACAAUGAAAUUCUAUUUACUGAGGGAAGACAGCUAAAGGCAAUGGGAAAAGAUGAGUAUAAUUCCAUGCAAGCUAUCAACUUAAACCAAAACCCUGAAGGUGAGGGUCUUGGAUAUGAUCUUCCAGCCCCACAUGCAAGUCAUGUUCAUAUAAUUGACCAUUCUGUCACAAAAAAGAAAGAUCCUCCCCAAACCACGACACUUAAUCAAAGUCGUGUAUUUGGUGAUUCAGUUGCAGUAUAUAAAGAUGAUUUUAGACCUACAACACCAGGUAACAGCCCUGGUGUUGGUCAUUUAUUUUCAGGACAGAAAAAGGAUGCUCCAACAAACUCAAAAAGCAAUGGCACUGGUAUCAGUCAUUCAGCGGCAGAUAACACAGAUGACUUCCGACCCACACAACCAGGUCACAGCCCUGGUAUUGGGCAUUCUUUUCAAAACACAAGUGCAGAGCAAAAUCCAUAGACAUGUAGAGACAUACAUUGAAGUUUAUUGCAAGUUUCAACUUGUCUGUACAGUGAAUUCCAUCCCUCAGGUCCAACUAGUUGCUGAGUGCAUGUAUGGUUUCAUGUGUUGUUAGGUUUAUUUUCUGUACUGUCUUUUAGCAAGACUGAUAUAUCUUGUAUGUAUGUUGGAGCAAC